GUUGUGUCGCUCUGCACGAUCCACGCGUUUCCGUAUUUACGUACGCGGCAUUUCUAAUUGAAAUCCAAUUAAAAUACAAUGACCCAGUGGCGUUGCGACUUGAUAAUAGGAUAAUCGUUGUUCAGUAACGUAAUAUGUAGUGUUUAGUUGAUUGAAAAUGUGUUCAGAGGAUGUGAGUUCGGAAUGAUGUUGAGAGAAUCCCGAUGGCGUUUAGGAUUGAUGCUCCUGUGCUUUUACACUGUCGAUGGAUUAAUUGAGAUCGUGGAGGAGCAGCAAUGUCAAGAUUUUGGCUUCCGGCUGACGUGCCGCGAGCUAGACUCCCACAUCGCCAUCCUCGAGGCCUACUACACCGCCAUGGAAGACUACGGCUGGCCCAACACGACCCGGGAGAGACUCGUUAUCAGAACCGAAAACGACUCCGAGCUGGACCAAGUGCACGUGUACAUUAGCCCACAGCACAACGGAGUGUACGAGCAGACGAACAUUACAAGACCUCACAGGCUCGCGAAUGCUACCCUCGAAUUUAACGAUACGUCUCUCUGGAACGAUAGUCUGUUGUUAUUUAAUGACACCGUCGACGUAUCUGACGAGUUCGUGAACGAUAGUGAUCAUUGCGAUGCGGUUUCGUUCCGUCGGAGCUACGCCAGUUGGCGUGAAGGCGACAAACUGCGACGCGCGUCGUUCAGAAACGCAUCCGUGAAUCUCAGAUCGCCGUUUAGUUACAGGUGCACAGGCGUCAAUCACUGUAACUUUUUGCUGUCGGAGGAUUAUCCUCCGUCCAGCAGCUGGUCUCCAGGAGUCGUCUACAUCAAAUACGCUUGUUUUGAUGAUACAAUAUCUCUGCAUUACUGCAACCGCGAGUUGAGGAUAGCUGAAUGGGGAGCCGAGAGCGAGGGUUACAUUCGAACCCCAGGGUACCCGCACUUCUACGUUGGCGAUGAAUGCCGCUGGCGGCUCAUUGCCAACCCCGAGCAAAGGAUACGGGUCACAUUCUUGGACGUUAGCUUAAGAAGUAUAGGUCCGUUUGAAAACGAGUGUAAGGAUUUCGUCUCGGUCCAAGAUUCGAAUGGCGAUAACCUGUUGUACUCGUGCGAACAAGCCGAUAUGCCGAUCAAACUCACUUCCACAACCAACACUGUGGAGGUGGCCGUGGAAGCAAGGUCUAAAGGCGCUUACCCGAAACGAGGAGUCCUGUUGCAUUAUAAAAGCAUUGGCUGUGUUACUUUAUCAGCGCCAUCUAGGGGGUAUCUUGUGUAUCGCAACGAAGACGUGGCACACUACAUGUGCAACGUUAACUUUGUUUUCGUCGACACUCAACAGAGGGCGCGAUUACUUUGGUGCUAUGACGAUAACAGAUGGAAUGACACCGUGCCUCUCUGCAUUGCCGAGACGGUUGUCAAAGCCGUCGGGAACGACUCUUCACGGGAGGGCAUCGGCAAAGAAACAAAACUGCCGCCCCACCAAGAACCCAACAUGAUAGUCGACAUCGUCAUCCCGUCGCUGCUGAUAGCGGCCCUGUUCAUCGGAAACGCGUUCAUCGUACUCAUCAUCUAUAAAUACAGGAAACGGAAAAACGACGAUUUGGAAGACGAAUUCAACACCAUUCCAUUAAACGGGAACGUGCACAGCGCGGGAUAUGCAGUUUAGUCUCCAGCACACCAAAUAAGUUUACGGGAAUCGCAAAUAAACGAUAACAAAAAAAAAUACCUUCACUACAUAGCAUAAAACAAAAUCGCUUUCUCGGUCCCUAUACCCCUAUGUAUGCUUAAAUCUUUAAAACUACGCAACG